AUGAAUGACCGUCAACAAUUACAUAUUGAAUCAGCUACGGAUCAGGAUGCCGGUCGAUAUUCAUGUGUGGCAGAAAAUAAGCCUGGUCGAGCGGAAAAAGAUCUUAUCGUUGCUGUACUAAAACCACCACAAAUGGAUAGUCAACAUCGCGUCUUUGAAUUACCCGAAAAUGAAACGAUAACACUGACCUGUCCAAUUAACGAUCCAUCAGUGGAAAUACAAUGGACUAAGAAUGGCAUUCCAAUUACCACAUCAAAUAACUUACAGCUAUCAACAAGCGGCUUAAAAUUGCAUAUCCUACAUGGACAACUUUAUGAUGCAGGUCGAUAUGUUUGUCGAGCAUGGAAUGAUGCCGGAGAAGCAAUUGCACACAUAAAUGUUGUCGUUUUAGUGCCACCAAAAAUUAUUGGGUCAGCAUUUCGUACGAUUGAAUCAGUUUUGAAUCAAACAGUUAAUAUCGAAUGUAAAAGAACUGGCAUACCGACACCAAAAAAUACUUGGUCCUUCAAUGGACGAACAAUUUUUCCAUCCGAAAAAAUUCAAAUUUUAAAUAAUGGUACUUUACUGAUAUUGAAAGAAAUACAAGCAAAUCAGGAAGGACGAUAUUCGUGUACGGCAACAAAUAAGGUUGGAAGAGCUGAAGCUGAUACGUUCUUGCAAAUUAUUGCACCGCCAAAAAUUUUAACAUCAAUCGAUGAAUUGAAAGUAAUCCAAGGACAAGGACAAACAAUUCGUUGUGAGAUGAGUGGAACUCCAACGCCAAAAGUUGAAUGGCUCAAAAAUGGACAACGAUUUAAUGCUACAAUGGCUCAAUCGUCCAGUAAUUUGCAUUACAUUCAUCUGAGGGAAACGCAAGUUAGUGAUGCAGGACGAUAUACAUGCAUAGCAAGGAAUCGAGCUGGUGAACAUCGGAUGACAACGCAACUUUAUGUACUUGUGCCACCAUUGAUUCUGGAAGGUGAACGUGUUGUGCAGGUGAAAGAAAAUGCUACAGUAACAUUAGAAUGUAUUGCAAGUGGAAAUCCGAAACCGAUAGUUGUAUGGAAACGUGACGGACGACUUUUGGAUAUACGUGGCUCACGUUUUGUGAUUAAAUCAUCAAAAGCAUCUGAUGGUGGCAGGUACACGUGUGAAGCACGUAAUGAAGCUGGCAAAGUAUCAACUGAUUUUGAAGUUGAUAUUUUUAUUAAGCCACGUUUUCGAGAUCUUAAAGCGGAAAUUCGAGUUCGCAAUGGUGAACGAGCACGUCUUGAAUGUAAAGUUGAUGGACAUCCUGAACCAAUCAUCACAUGGAUGCGUGGAGGUCGUCCAAUUGAAGAUAUGAAAAAUAUCAUAUUGAGUCCACGUGGUGAAACAAUGAUGAUUCUUAAAUCACGCAGAGCAGAUUCUGGAAGUUAUUCGUGUGUUGCGAAGAAUUUUGCCGGAGAAGCAGAAGCAAGUUUUACAGUUACUGUAUUGAUAGCGCCACAUAUCGAUGAACAAAUCGAUCAGAAUUUACGUGUUGUUCAAGGCACUAAAGUUAUCAUGCAUUGUCCGGUGCAGGGCAAUCCAAAACCAAAGAUCAAAUGGUUAUACAAUGAGAAGCCAAUUAAGAUUGAUCGUGCAAAAAUCAUUGACGAAACUGAUUUGGUCAUUGAAAAAUCAAAGCAAUAUGAUAGUGGACGUUAUACGUGUUUCGCAGAAAAUGAAGCUGGAAUACUGAAUACAAAUUAUGAGCUUGAAAUUAUCGGUCCACCGAAGUUUCAUCAUCGUGGUGAAACUGUUUAUGAGGUGAUCGUUGGUAAAACGGUAACGAUGGAUUGCGAUGUUGAAGCUGAACCAAAACCGGAAAUUUAUUGGCUCCGCGGUGAUUCACCCUUAUAUUUUACUGACAAAAUUCACAUUUCACCGAAUAGACAGCAAAUAACGAUCCGUAAUGUGGAAAUGAGCGAUGGUGGCAAAUAUACUUGCAAGACAAAAAAUGAAGCAGGUUCAGCGGAUAUUGACCUGACAUUGAAAGUGUUAGUACCACCCAGUAUCGAUACGUCAAAUAUCAUCGGCAAUCCAUUAGCUGUUGUUGGAAAAUCAAUUUACUUGGAAUGUCCAGUUUCCGGGAUUCCACGGCCAUCAGUGAUAUGGUACAAAGACGGUAUUCUAUUAUCCACUGAUAAUGAUCGUUUUGUUAUUGAGCAGAAUAAUCAAACAUUUGGUAUCAAAGAAGUAAAAGUAAGUGAUAAAGGACAGUUUCUUUGUGUAGUCGAGAAUAAAGGAGGUCGAGUGGAGCAAGGUUUUAAUUUGGAAGUUUUAGUACCACCAAAACUUGAAACAGUGGAAUCACAGAAAUAUACAAAACGAGAAAAAGAUAGCAUGACAUUGUACUGUCCAAUAAAACAUGAUGAACAAUCGACAACUCCUACUGAAAUUUUAUGGUACAAAGAUGGUCGUCCAAUUGAUGGAGUUACAGUACCAAAGAUUAAAAUCACAUCUAAAGGUCAACGUUUACAUAUCACUCGUAUGUCACUUGCUGAUUCCGGCAAUUAUUCAUGCGUUGCGUUGAAUCGUGCCGGUGAAUCAUCACUUGAUUUCUACGUGGAAAUACUUUCAGCACCUCAUUUGGAUUAUAGUCGUAACGAGCAACAACCACAUGUUAUUGCCGGACGUCCUAUCACUCUGUGGUGCAUGGUUUCCGGAUAUCCAUUACCGACAAUUCGAUGGAUGAAAGAUGGUUACCUUGUACCAAUCAAUAAGAAAAGUGAUAUACGACUGGUCGAGAAUGGACAGGGAUUGGAAAUUUUGGAAGCUAAACGUGAGCAUGCCGGUAUUUGGACGUGUGAAGCAUCAAAUGCGGCUGGUAAAACAGAUUACGAAUUAACGUUGGAUGUUUGGACACUUCCAAUCGUGUCCAUACAACCGGUUGAUAAUGUUCGACCUAUCGAUAGUGUUAUCAUCAUACAUUGUCAAGCUACUGGUAAUCCCGAACCAUCCUUAUCAUGGAGUAAGGAUGGUCAACCACUUAUCACUUCUGCAAAUGGCGCAAGAAUUUCAUUAAAAGGAACAAGAUUGGAUAUUCCUCGUUUGAAACAAUCACACGUAGGUGAAUAUACGUGUACUGCGGUGAAUGAAGUUGGUACAUCAUCUGCUACUGUACACAUCGAUGUUUUAGUACCACCGGUAAUUAAUCGUGAUAACAUCGAGAUGAGUCCACGAUUGCCAACUGCUCAAACAUUAACAUUAAUUUGUGAUGCAACCGGUAAACCAUUACCUGAAAUAUUUUGGUAUGUGAAUGAUACUAUGGUACGUGAAACGACGUCAAAUGUAAUCAUUGGUGAAAAUGGUCGUUAUCUUCAAGUGAAAGAUAUCGCAUUAAAUAAUCGUGGAGCAUACAAAUGUAUUGCAUCAAAUAUUGCUGGCAAAGAUGAGCUUUUAUAUACAGUUACUAUAGUCCAGGCUCCAAAAAUAUUGAAUGGCGGUAGCUAUCAAGUUAUCGAGGGAAAAGAAGCUCAAAUUUUAUGCAAUGUCAUUGGUGAACCACAACCGGUAGUUACGUGGCAACGAAAUGGAAUUCAUAUUGAAACUGGGAUGAGACAUAUUAUUGAAGAUAAGAUACUCCGGAUAAUGGAUACACGAAGUUCAGAUUCCGGUUUGUACGUUUGUGUGGCAACAAAUGAGGCUGGAACUGCUCAACAGGCGUUUACGCUUGAAGUUUUUGUUAUUCCUCGUAUCAUUACAAUGUUACCAAACGAAUCGUUGAUACCUGUUGGCAAGCCGUUUAGUUUGAAAUGCGGUGUGCGUGGUUUUCCGCCACCAGAUAUUAUAUGGUCAUUGAAUGGUGAAAUACUUGGUAAGGACAAAACAAGUUACUCUAUUGCGGAGGAUGGUACUUUGUUUGUUGAGAAAGCGACGAAACAAGCAAUACUAACUUUUAAAUGUGUAGCAAAAAAUAACGCUGGUUCAGACAGCAAAGAAUUUAUCGUUAAAGUGAUAAGUCCACCAGUUCUGAUAAAAGAGGGAAUUAAAACAAUUAAUGCGACAGAGGGUGAUCCAUCAUUGCUAAUUUGUGAAAUUGAAGGUGAAAUUCCCGAAAUAUACUGGUAUAAAGACAAUAAACCGUUGAUAUUAACGUCAAAUAUAGAAUUAAGCUCGGAUCGAACACAACUGAAAAUACACCAUUCUAAGCUACAUGAUGAAGGGAUGUACAGUUGUAUUGCUGUUAAUCCGGCUGGUAACGCUACACAGAAACAACAACUUUAUGUUGGCGUUCCACCACGAAUAACCGAAAAACCUCGGCGAAUUAUUGUGAAAAGCGGUCAAGCAGCUGAAUUAUGGUGUGAAGCAGUUGGUAUACCAAAGCCGCAUAUCACAUGGUUGAAAGAUGAUAAAGCAUUAUCACAAACAGCAUUGGAUGAUUAUACGGAUGUUCUAAAAUCAACUGCUUUCUUUCCAAAUGUGUCGAGUAAAGAUGGCGGAGUUUAUACGUGUAAGGCAGAGAAUUGGGCUGGUAUCAGUUAUAAGGAUGUCGAUUUAGUCGUUCUAAUUCCACCGGAAAUUCAUCCCGAACGGUUGAAUAUUACUGCAAAUAUUGAUGAUACAGUAAUUUUGACGUGUAAUAUAACCGGAGUGCCUGAACCUGUUGUAUCCUGGGUGAAAAUGCCAAAUGUUGACAUUAUUGGAAACGAAAAGAAAUAUCAAAUUUACGGAACGGCAUUACAUAUCAGAAAUGUAGUACCCGAAGAUGAUGGCUUUUAUCAUUGUGUUGCAAAAAGUAAUGCUGGUCAAGUAAUUGGAUCACGACGACUUACCGUUAUUGAUCCAAGGAAAGAUUACAAAGUGAUUUGGGUGGAAUGCGGUGAAUCUGGCCAACCAAUCAAGACGACAUAUGUGCCAGCACGCGGUGAUGUUCCCGAAGGCGGUAAUAAUUUGCUACCAUGGAAGCAAGAUUUACAGGAUCUUCCACAAAAUGGUACUAAUGGAAUAUUGAUACGUUGUUUACCUGAAUCACGUGGAAUACGUCGCGCUUCAUUAGCUAUGCCGAGAUUUAUACGAUCACCACGAACGCAAAAAGUUCUACCAGGAACUGUUGCUAAUCUUCAUUGCAGUGCUAUUGGUCAACCUAAGCCAUAUAUUAUUUGGAUUCGUAAUGGAGCAUUUUUAACAGGUAUGUCGCAAUCAUCCGUUGGUCAUUCGAUACUGCAAGUGAAAGUUGAAAGUAAUGAUGAUUUGGGUGAUUAUAUUUGUUUGGCACAGAAUACUGUUGGUUCUGUUACCAGUAUUGCUACCUUAUUUCUUGAUCAAAUUACAGAAAAGGCUCAAAAACGCUCAAUUGCAAUGUUAAAUUGUGUAUUUGAUAAUGCGGUCCCAAAAAAAAAUGUAAUUUGGAAAUUUUUCAACACACAAUUAAGUGACAGUUCCACUGAAACAGUAAACCUUUUGCGUAAUGGAUCGCUUAUUGUUUAUGACGUCACCGAAAGUAAUUUGACAGACUUAUUUGGCUAUCAGUGUUAUACGACAAAUGGAAAACAAACAACGGAAAUAAAUUUUUUGAAAGUAGAAGAAGACGUACCACGUGUUCAGGUGUCGCCAAAACAAGUCUUUGUCAAUUUGAACGAAUCAUUGAUUCUGAAUUGUAAAUUGCUGCCCAAUCCGUUAACAGCGGUGGUUCAAUGGACCAAAAAUGAUGUUAAUAAUUCCCUUCAUAUCACGAAAUUGUUGCUUUCUGAUCGUGCUAUAUUCAAAUGUAUUGCAUCAAAUCGAUAUGGAAAAUCAUACGAUGACGUACAAGUGAUUGUAAAAACAGGUUUAGCCGGUGUGAUUAACAAAGUUAAGGGGAUCGUAAAUGGUCGAAGACUGAAACGUGAGACGACACUUAUUACUGUAAAACCUAAAAUGGAAGCUAAUGUUAUUACAAUGAACAGUAUAUUUAGGGAGCAAGGUGUAAUAGAAGAAAUAAUGCUUGGCUACAUGAUGAUGGCUUUUCCACAGUUAGCCUUCAAUGCUAAUCAGAAAAAUUCACUUGCAAGUGUGGAAUUUCAUCGUGUGAUUGAUUAUCGCUUUGAAAGUGGUGAAAUAAUGCGCGUUUAUCAGAAAGGAUUUGGCAUGGAUGGUGAAUAUGCGCAAUUUGAAAUAGCUUUCAAUGGACGUGUACCACAUUUUAACGAUGACACUUAUUCUUGGAUUGAUCAAGCUAAAGAGGAAAUGGUAGAACAAGAGCCAGGUAUGAUACGUGGAAAUGGAUUAGCAAUUCUGCGUGUUGGAAAUCAAGCAAAUAUACCGUUUCACUAUAUUGAAAUGUAA